AUGGCCCUAGAAAACAUCCUCCCCUUCCACAAGAAUGACAUCCCACCAUCCCAAUCACAUCCUGGAGCCCCCCAAAAUGAACCCCAAGACUCUCACCCGGACAGUUCCCAUGGCAGGCACCCCCACAUAGAGGCCAUCACGCAUGGCCACAAGGGCGCCAGAGUUCGCACAACCAUCAUCUCACACAACUGGCACAAUCGCUCUGUAGCCGCACUGGCAGAGUUCGCAGGUACAUUCAUGUUCCUCUUCUUUGCCUUUGGCGGCACCAGCGUCGCGAACAAUAGUAACCAGGCCAACCGCUCCAAUUCCAACUCAGAUUCCGACGAGAUCCUCCAGGUACCUGAUACGAGCGUGUUGCUGUACAUUAGCUUGGUGUUUGGAUUCAGCCUGAUGAUCAAUGUGUGGUGUUUCUUUAGAGUCAGUGGGGGGUUGUUUAAUCCUGCUGUAACGCUAGGUCUCUACCUCAUCGGCAGCGUGCCCCUUCCCCGAGCAAUCAUGUGCUUCGUAGCGCAAAUGCUUGCCGGCAUCGCGGCUGCAGGCGUUGUUCACGCCAUUGCGCCAGGCCCCUUAUCCGUAAGCACGACGCUGAGUGCGCGUAUGUCUCCCGCUCGUGGCGUCUUCCUGGAAAUGUUCCUUACCUCUUUACUCGUCUUCACUGUCUUCAUGCUCGCCGCCGAAAAGCACAAGGCGACGUUUCUUGCCCCUGUCGGCAUUGGCAUGGCACUUUUCGUUGCAGAAAUGCUUGGUGUCUUUUUCACAGGCGGGAGUCUGAAUCCCGCGCGUAGCUUCGGGCCUUGCGUCAUCACGGGCGAUUUCCCUGGCUACCAUUACAUCUACUGGUUUGGGCCGAUUAUGGGAUCGCUGUUGGCGUGCGGGGUGUACAAGGUUGUCAAGGCUGUGGAUUACGAGACUGUGAACCCGGGGCAGGACUUUGAUGACCAUGAGGCAGCAGCGUUUCAGUGUCCGGAUAAUCCGCAUAGUCGCGAUCAGGUUUGGAGGCCUAUUGUAUCGAGGCAGCUUAUGCGCCGGGGGACGCAUGAGUCGGAAGAGUCUGCGGGGGAGAAGACUAUUGAGAGGCUGGACACGAAUCAGACUCGGGUGUGA